CGCAGCGGACGCUAUUAUUUUCGUCCAUCCCGCAAGAGCGAUAAAUGAAGGAUCGUUUUGACAGAGAAUAAAACAGUUUUUUCGCGGAUUAUGGUUUGAUCGCAGGUCGGCGGUUAACUACAUGGAUCUGCAGGACACCUGAGCGCGGUUCUGGCCGGGAUUCGGGGUCCGGCUGUGGGAGAUCCGAGGCCGAAAACACGGCAGGCUGCCCUGUAUCUGUAUCUGUAUGUGUGCGGUAACGUUCAUAAUAACAACAGCUGGCGGAGCCCCGAGCUGGAAACUAGGAGCCUGAAAUCCAGAUCAUUCCCCCCUUUUGGGCUGUAAAAGGGGCCGGGUCCAGGCUGCAGAGGGGAUGGCGCACCUCCGAGACAUCCAGAACCAGAAUGCCCGUCUUGACCCAGAGGAGUACUUCACGAAGCAGGAGCGCAUUGGGAAAGGCUCGUUCGGGGAGGUCUACAAAGGCAUUAAUAACCGCACCAAGGAGGUCGUGGCCAUCAAGAUCAUAGACCUGGAGGAGGCUGAGGAUGAGAUCGAGGACAUUCAGCAGGAAAUCACCGUGCUGAGCCAGUGUGACAGCCCGUUCGUCACCAAAUACUACGGCUCAUAUCUGAAGGGAACCAAGCUGUGGAUCAUUAUGGAGUAUUUGGGAGGAGGCUCUGCUUUAGACCUCCUGCGUCCAGGACCGCUGGAGGAGACCUACAUCGCUACUAUACUGAGGGAAAUCCUGAAGGGUCUGGAGUAUCUACACUCCGAACGGAAGAUUCACCGCGACAUUAAAGCUGCGAACGUGCUGCUGUCUGAGCAGGGUGAUGUGAAGCUGGCUGAUUUCGGGGUGGCGGGUCAGCUGACGGACACACAGAUAAAGAGGAACACGUUUGUGGGCACUCCGUUCUGGAUGGCUCCGGAGGUCAUUAAACAGUCAGCUUACGACUUCAAGGCAGAUAUCUGGUCUUUGGGCAUAACGGCGAUCGAGCUGGCCAAAGGGGAGCCGCCGAACUCUGACCUGCACCCCAUGCGUGUGUUAUUCCUCAUCCCCAAAAACACCCCCCCCACACUGGAGGGCUCCUAUAGCAAACCUUUCAAAGAGUUUGUGGAGGCGUGCCUCAAUAAGGACCCGCGAUUUAGGCCGACAGCUAAAGAGCUUCUAAAGCACAAGUUUAUCACGCGCUACACCAAGAAAACGUCAUAUCUGACGGAGCUGAUCGACCGCUACCGCCGCUGGAAGUCUGAAGGCCAUGGAGAGGAGUCCAGCUCAGACGACUCCGACAUGGACGGAGACGGAGAUGAGAGAGAUCCGUGUCCUAUGUGGACUUUCCCCACCGUCAGGCCCAGCUCAAUGAACAAGCUUCAGAAGGGAUACCCAAACACAGACUCAGAGGCCGCAGAGGUGAAGAGGCAGCCCAGGUCUCAGUGUCUGUCUGCGCUCGUCUCGCCCAUCUUCAGAGAGUUAAAGGAGAAGCGGCGGGCGAGUGGUGGAGGAAUGGGGGCCAUAGAGGAACUGGAGAACGCCUUUAACCUCGCCGAGGAGUCCUGCCCCGGCAUCUCUGACCUGCUGGUCACGCACGUGAUGGAGAGAGUGUGCAGGUUCGCUCUGAAUGGAAACGGUAACACCGCCCCGUCGUCACGGUGAAGCGCACCUGGACCUGACCUCUGAUCCCUGACCACAUCCCAGCCAGUUACCAUAACAACCAUACAGACCAUGUACACCCCACCCCCGUCUGCCCUCUCCACCCCCACAGAUCUUUUAAUUAGUUAUAAUUAAAUAUUUUUACAGUUACAGUUUCUUUAUAGAAUGCAGAGUAUUUAAGAGAAAAGCCAUGACAUUGACAACGCUGUGUUUACCUGUUAGAUCAAAAGUCCUAUUAUAAAAGUUUAUGGAAAUAUUGA